CUCUCCCUCUCCCUAUAUAUAUAUAUACACAUCCAUACAUGUCUCGAAAUCCCAAAUAAUCUUCCUCCGCUCUUUUCCAAAAAUGGCCAAGAAAGAGAUGGAAGUGGUGAAGGGUGUAGACCUAGAGAGGUACAUGGGUCGGUGGUACGAAAUAGCCUCUUUCCCAUCAAGUUUUCAACCCAAGAAUGGGAUCAACACAAGGGCUACGUACACCUUGAAGGAAGAUGGGUCUACUGUGAAUGUGUUGAAUGAGACUUGGAGUGAUGGGAAGAGAGUGUCUAUUGAAGGGACUGCUUAUAAGGCUGACCCUAAGAGUGAGGAGGCCAAGCUUAAGGUCAAAUUCUAUGUUCCACCUUUCCUUCCCAUCAUACCUGUUGUUGGAGAUUACUGGAUUCUGUAUCUUGAUUCUGAUUAUCGGUAUGCUUUGAUUGGCCAGCCCUCCCGGAAAUAUCUUUGGAUACUAUGCAGACAGAACCAUCUUGAUGAAGAGAUCUACAAUCAGCUUGUGGAGAAGGCCAAAGAAGAGGGUUAUGAUGUGAGCAAGCUUCACAAGACAACACACACCGAACUCCCACCAGAGGGAGAUGAAGGCCCCAAGGACUCAAAGGGCAUUUGGUGGAUUAAAUCCCUACUAGGGAAAUAGGCAGUGGCACAACCCAACCCAACCCAACCCUUGGCGUUUGAAGUCUUUAUAAUGAAGUAUGGAAAUAAAGGGCCUAAAACCCUAGUUGCAAAAUCUUGGUUGAGAGUAGUAUCAUGAGUAUCUAAGUUUUGAACAGUUUGUGUGUGAAUGUGCAUGGUUUUAGUUUCCUUUGUUGUGAAGUUUCUGGGAUGUUUCCUUGUGUUGGGUAAAAUGGAUGUUUCAGAUAUUUGGGUACCAAGAAUGUCUUCCAUUGGACGUUA